CUACACUGAAAUCGGAUUUCCCGCCAACGUAGAAAGCCGCAUCGACAGUCGAAUGUGUCUCUCUCUAUAUUCUCGUCUUCUUCUACUUGAUUUCGAUUUUUCUUUCCUGGGUUUGCUAAGCUAGAUCCAUUUCCUCCUCUUCGACCUAAGUGAUCGCUGAUUUUUCAAUCUUCGGGAGUUUCCGGUGUUGGGGAAUUUCAUUUACUUUCUGUUCGUAGGAGAUUGGAAGAGAUCGAUCUGAAAUUUCAGGAAUCACACAAAAUUUACCCAGGGUUUCUCUGCCUUCUUUGUAUUAUACCACAUGUUUGCAUUUAGGUCUGGAAACUGAGAUUUCUUGAGAUAAUACAUCAAUGGCUGGCCAGACUGAUCCUCAUACUUCACUAUUUUCUCCACAAGAGGUUGAGUUUAUGGCAGAGGACGAACUGGUGGAGAUUGUUCCUAAUAUGAAUAUGGAGCAACUCAAUUUCAUCAGUGGCGAUUUCGGUCGGUUCAUUCCUCAGAUUCCGACAAAGGUGCCUCUGUGGCUUGCAGUGGCACUGAAGAGGAGAGGAAAAUGCACUUUCCGGCCUCCUGGGUGGAUGUCUGUUGAUAAUUUGACUCAGAUCUUGGAAGCAGAACGUGAAUCUCAGUCGACAUUUCAGGCAUUACCAUUUAGUUACGUGGAAAUUGCCAGACUACUUUUUGACCAUGCACGUGAUGAUAUUCCAGACAUGUAUAUGGUGAGAUCCCUAGUCGAGGACAUCAGAGAUGUGCGGCUUCAUAAACUCGAGACUAACUUGGGAUCAUUUCAAGGUACAUCUGCAGUAAAGAUCUCUAAUGUAUCGGCAAUGGAAGUGAACAUAGUCCGCCCAUUUGUGAUAAGAGCCUUAGAAGCAUUUUACAAGCAUGACAAGCCAGAGGCUGAUGUAGACAGAGACACCAGAAGUAGUAGACAACAGCGUGAAGCCAACAAUGAACCAAGGAGGCCCUUAAGGCAACGCUAGGGAGCUUAUUCGUCUUUGCCUAAGUGAGAACAAGUCAGGUAUCUUCUGUGCCAAUGUUGGGCGAGCUCCCUGAGAAGUGAGAACACCAGCAACAUGUAUCGGUUUCAAGUAUGUGGGCUAAAUAUCGAGCUGAGUGUUUUUUUAUAUGAUAUACAGUUUACUAGAGAGUAGAGCACAAAAUGUUGUACGAACUCAUAAAACCACCUAGUUUAAUGAGAUCAUCUAACUAUGAAAAAUGAUCGAAUUUUAAAAUUGAAGGAAUGAUGAACUUGAAUCAUGACAGGAUAUUUAAAGA